UCUCUCUCUCUCUCUCUCUCUCUCUCUCUCUCUCUCUCUCUUGUAUUAUUUCUAUCUCCCCCGCCGUCGAAAGAGAAACGUCGAUCGGAGAACCUUUGAAAUGUCGACUGGAUUAGAUAUGUCUCUCGACGACAUGAUCGCCAAGAACCGUAAGUCUCGUGGUGGAGCCGGCCCCGCUCGUGGAACCGGAUCCGGAUCCGGACCGGGUCCGACUCGCCGCAACAACCCUAAUCGGAAAUCAACCCGAUCUGCUCCAUACCAAUCAGCCAAGGUCCAAAUCCGUUCUACAUCUGUUCUUUCUUCUUCUUCUUCUUCUCUCUAGUUUCGCCGGAUCUUUCUUCUCAGAUCUGCCGAUUCAUAAUGGAAAAUAGACUCUGCGUUGACGUUUUCUUUAAAAAAGCUUUUGGUGUUGAUCAAUCUCUCAAUACGUGGAAAAUAUCAAACAACGGAUUCAUUUGGUUGUAUAGGCGCCGGAGUCCACCUGGGGUCACGACAUGUUCUCCGAUAGAUCUGAAGAUCACCGAUCGGGACGUUCCUCCGCCGGAAUCGAAACUGGAACCAAGCUCUACAUUUCCAAUUUGGAUUACGGUGUCAUGAACGAAGACAUCAAGGAACUGUUUGCUGAAGUUGGAGAACUUAAACGCUACACAGUUCAUUUUGAUAGAAGUGGAAGAUCAAAGGGAACUGCUGAAGUAGUGUAUUCUCGGCGUGGCGAUGCACUCGCAGCUGUGAAGAAGUAUAAUGAUGUUCAGCUGGAUGGAAAACCCAUGAAGAUAGAGAUUGUGGGCACUAAUCUUCAAACUGCUGCAGCCCCGUCUGGUAGACCUGCGAAUGGAAACUCCAAUGGUGCUCCAUGGAGAGGAGGACAAGGGAGAGGAGGUCAACAACGAGGUGGUGGACGAGGAGGCGGUGGCCGAGGUGGUGGUGGUCGUGGUAGGCGUCCUGGUAAGGGCCCUGCAGAGAAGAUUUCUGCGGAAGAUCUUGAUGCGGAUCUUGAUAAGUACCAUUCUGGAGAUAUGGAGACAAACUAAGGAACGUGACUGAUCUUCUCAAACCGGUAGGGGUUUUAGGAGGAAGAGAAUCGAGAAAAUGUUUGCCAGAGGCUUUACCACUUAGCGCCUUUUUGGCUGUGUUGUUCAUUUGUUUCAUUAGAAUGACUUUACAGAAUUGAGAAUAUGUGUUAUUUAAAGUUGUUGUCUAUCUUAAUACCCUCAAGUGAAAGGCAGAGGAAGGAAUACCAAUUUCGUUUACAGAUCAUAUGCAGGCAAAAGAGUUUUCAGAAAUCAGGUUUAGUUACUUGUAUUGUGUCUCUUAUCCAAGCCAUGCCUUGUGGUAUUAUGAGCGCAGAAUUUUGAUUGAAUAUUGUUCAUUUGCAUUAAAGUAUCAAACCAUUUACGCAAAAUUGUUCAAUAGUGUUACUCCAUGCAUGAGAGGAUUUUCAGAAUCUAU